UCCCCCCUUUCUCUCCCCUCCUCUCUCCUGCAACUUUCACCUCUCCUAUAAUCCAUUCCUCGUACACUAGCAAGAAGAUAAACCAAGUCACCACCGCCAUUAAUUUGUUUCUUUCUUUUACAAACAUUGGCCCACUCUCCCCUAAAUAUCUUGCCUUGUAAGCACUCUUUCCUCUUUCAUAUUCCUCUUUCUUCUUCAUCUUCUUCUCUGCAACACCAUCUCUAUCGUCAAAGGGCAUGCAUGAAUGUCCAGAGAAAGGGAGAGAUUUGAUGAGAUAGGUAAGAAGAUAAAGAGAGAAGCCGAUGCAUUGGAUCGAAUGGGAAGGAGACACAUCAUGUUGGGCCCUCCAGGGAGCUUAAACACUAUUACACCUUGCGCCGCCUGUAAGCUCUUGAGGAGAAGGUGUGCACAGGAAUGCCCUUUCUCUCCUUACUUCUCCCCUCAUGAGCCCCAGAAGUUCGCUUCUGUUCACAAAGUCUUUGGUGCAAGCAACGUCUCCAAGAUGCUAAUGGAGGUGCCGGAGAGCCAACGAGCAGAUGCAGCCAAUAGUCUUGUUUACGAGGCGAAUGUGAGGCUACGAGAUCCGGUAUAUGGAUGCAUGGGUGCAAUCUCCGCCUUGCAACAACAAGUUCAAUCCUUACAAGCUGAGCUUAAUGCAGUAAGAGCCGAGAUACUCAAGUACAAGUAUAGAGAAACUAGUGCUAGUAUUAUUCCUUCAUCUCAUGCUGCAGCUUUGCUUUCUUCUGGAGCCGUGUCUGUUGCUGCACCGCCACCAGUCGUCGCCCCUACGCCAUCGCAUUCGCAGCCGCCACCACCACCACCGCCUCCUCUUCCUGCUUCCUCUUCUUCCUCUUCCAUGUAUACUCCCCCAUCGAGCAGCACCGACUAUAGCUCCAUUACCAAUGAAAAUGUCUCAUAUUUUGGCUAAAAGUUUGUUGCCUUCUAUUCCAUUUUUUGCCCCAUUUUCCUAGUUUUCUUUAUUUUGAAUGAAUCAAGUGGAAUAAAAGAGGAAAACAAAAACUAUAAAAAAAGAGGAAGAAAAUAUUGGAUCAUCUGGAAGGUUCUUGAUGAGUUGGUUCACUUCAAUCCUAAUUCAUGAUUCAGGAGUCGAAACAUCUCUCUAAGUUAAAUCUUGCUUAGUAAUGGCUUCUUUCCUUCUUCUUUUCCAUGUUCAAAUCACAUGUCACCUACGCCCGUAAGGAUAUUUCAAGCAUUUCUUGAUAUUUCUGUGGAAUCUGUUUCUCUUCAAUUCUUUUGGCUUCAAUGAAGAAACAGUAAUACAAAGGAAUGUAAAAUGAAACCCAGAAUUGUUCAAGUCCUCAUGGUUUUGGACACUAGGUUGGAUUCAGAAGAAAAGGUUGUGGAGGCUCCGGCAAGCCUGAUAAUAUUUCCGACUAGCCUUAUCUGGUGCAGUUUAGACACGUGGGAGUUGGAUGAAAUCCUGGCGUAUACGGAACCUUUGCACGUGUGAGAUAUACGGUUGACUGUGCUACUGUAUUGGGGUUCCUGUUUGUGCAAUAGGAAGAAUCUGGAGCUGAAACUGAGAACAUUGUUAAAGAAAGUGGGACAAAAGGUAUGAUUGAUGUGAUUCUCCCUGUGAAAUGUUAGAUGUUGGAACCUUCUGAAAAUCUGAUUUUAGUGGGAGAAAGACUACAACAAAGUGAUUUUCUGUAGGAUUAUCUUACUACCCCUGUUACGAAUUACUGAAACUAGCUAGCAGCUGGUCAUCGUUUUUCUCUGUAUCUGGUAAGAAAGUCGGUGGUCACAUGUAAUCCCAUGUUACAGUGUUCUAUCUCUCCAGUUUUAGGGUUUAUUUAUUAAGUACUAUUUACUCUACAGUCUCUAUCUACUCUUUUUUCAAUGA